CAAGUAAUGGUAACAUGGAUUGCAACAAACAAAACAAUACGGUAAUGGAGUACUUUACAGGAUUUGACGAUUGUAUUUUAUCCAACGUAAAGUAUAUAAUGGGCCUACAAACAAAAAUAGAGUACUUUGAAGAAAGGAACUAUAUUGGAAUCGCAAAGAUAGAAAGUACAAAUGGUAGUCAAUGGAUGAACAAUAGCCUGCAACUUGCUGAUGACACUAAAGUAGAAUUUGGUCUUCAGCUUCAAACUGAAAUAAAAGGUGGUUUCUUGCUCGUUGCAGCUUUCACUAACCAUACAAUAGAAAUCAAUAAAGCCAUAAAUGAGAGUGUUGUCAAUGCAGGAAUGUAAGUAGAAAUUUAAGUUGUGUUAAGUGGAAAUAUUUAACACUAGUUUACUUUUCUCAGGUCAACCUUUUAGAUGCUACAUCCAUUCUUAAAAACUCAGUGGCCUUCAAAAUAUAUAUAUACCUAUAUUUAUAUAUACUUAUAUAUUUAUAUAAUAAUAUAAAAUAGGAAUAUUAUAAUAUUAUUAAUAAUACAAAAAUCAGUAAUUAAAUAAAUAAUGUAUGGAUAUGAUUUUGUUAUUGGUACUCGCCACGCAACGCUUCAAGAAAUAAAUACCGGUAAGUAAUGUUAUCUUACAGGUAGACCUUUCUACGCGCUUUUAAAAAUUAUUCAAAUUAUU